ACCCUCAGCAUUCACAUCUACAGCAGAUAAGCCGUCGCAUACGUCAUACCACACACAAUCAAACUUCAAAUCAUCAAUUGCAAUAUUACUACCAUGCCUUCUUUCAAGGACUCCGUCUCUUCUACCCCAGCUUCCGCAUCGGGCGCACAAACACCUGCUUCCACAACCACACCUGCAUCUACCCGCGAGACUCUGCACGCCGCAUCAGCAGCCCUCGGCUUGACCUCGCAAGGGCUGGACCUUUGCCCACACUGCUUCCGCGAGAUGUCGCAUUGCAACGAGAGAUUCGCUUUCGCCUAAGCGUCAUGAACGCUAGCGAUUGAUGCGCCGGGACGCGAAGGCGUAAUCGGCUUUGUACAACAGUGAGAUACCCUCAUCGCGGGGAAAGGAAAUUGGAGCAAAGGAAAAAAACUGGGUUUUGGUUAGGCAUGGGUUAAAGGUUGGGCAAUAUAGGCGGCGUUGGUUUUGCAUUUGUUUUUUCAUGUAUAGUGGCGGGCUGGUUCACUCCACUUUGAGGGCUCCGGCAUAUCGGAAAUGUGCAAUAAUUGCAUCACAUCUCAAUUCAAUCAUGUGGCCUACUCGCGGCGAAGU